CUAAAUCUAGAUAUGAAUUCAAAGGAGUUCCAAACGGAAAAAAGAAAGACAAUUUCCCUCGUUCCCAACCCGUUGUUUGUCUCCCAUCCUACCCUUUGCCGGUCAAAGUCCCUGUCGUCCCCCGCGCACAUCUUCUCCACAAGAUCAUAUGAAACUUCAAUCAUUAGCCAAUAACCAUAAUGCUUGCUUUACAAUACAUAAAAACAUAACUUUGAUGAGCAUUAUUUCAGAUUGGAAAAGAUUGCAAGCAAACAAUUAAAAGGGUAAAAAUAAUUUGUAAAAUUCCGUCCCCGAAGUGUCAAAUGGAGUAGCAGGAUGGCGAUGGCUCCUUUUUCUUCAGUAACAGCCAACUCCACCAUCUUAAGAUACCCCCAUCUCUCUACGCUUGUUCAGAUUUUCUCCAAACAAACCACCAAACCCACCAAGACCAAAAAUGGCAAACACCUCGAUAUUCCCAAGCCGAAAUCAUCUUCUUCAAAAUCCAAGAAAGCUGCUAACAUGGCCCGUAUCAUCAACACAAACCCAUGGUCAUCUCAGCUUGAAUCUUCUCUUUCUUCCCUCACUCAACCCUCCCUCUCUCACACCACUGUACUUCACACACUCCGCUUCAUCAAGACACCUUCCAAAGCUCUUUACUUCUUCAAUUGGACCCAAAAAAUGGGUUUUUCACACACCCAUCAAUCGUAUUUGCUUAUGCUGCAACUCCUCGGCAGUGCCCGUAGCCUAAAUUCAGCAAGAAACUUCCUUUUAUCUAUACCCAGAAGGUCUAAUGGUACUGUACCGCUUCAAGAUAAGUACUUUAACACCUUGAUUCGAAGUUAUGGUAAAGCUGGGCUUUUUCAAGAAUCAUUGAAGGUGUUUAAAGUGAUGAAGUCACUUGGAAUUUCUCCCUCUGUGGUUACUUUCAAUAGUUUGUUUUCAAUUUUGCUUAAGAGGGGUCGAACUGGUAUGGUCUACGAACUGUUUGAUGAAAUGCUUAAGACAUUUGGCGCCAAGCCUGAUGUGUAUACUUUUAACAUUUUGAUCAGAGGAUUUUGUAUGAACUCCAUGGUUGAUAAAGGAUUUAGGUUUUUUAAGGAGAUGGAGAAGCAUGAAUGUGAUCCUGAUGUGAUUACAUACAAUACCAUUAUUGACGGUUUGUGUAGGGCAGGGAAAGUGGACAUUGCGCAUAACGUGUUAAAGGGUAUGGUCAAGAGGGGUCAUCAAUUGAGUCCUAAUGUUGUAAGCUACACCACUUUGGUUAGAGGAUACUGUGAGAAGCAAGAGGUUGAACAGGCUCUUAAUGUUUUUGAGGAAAUGAUAGAUUGUGGUCUAAAACCGACCAGUAUAACUUAUAAUACUCUUGUACAAGGUCUUUGCGAGGCUAAAAGAUUUGACAGAAUAAAGGAGAUCUUGGAGGGGACUCUAGGAGGUGGAGGACUUAUUCCAGAUACAUGUACUUUCAAUACAUUGAUUACCUAUCACUGCAAUGUGGGAAAUCUGGAUGAAGCAAUAAAAGUUUUUGAGAACAUGUUAAACUUAAAGGUGAAACCUGAUUCCGCAACAUAUAGCAUCUUAAUUCGGAGCUUUUGUCAAAAGGGAUACUUUGAUAGGGCAGAGAAACUAUUUGAUGACCUAAUGAAGAAGGAGGUAUUGCUUUGUGAUGAUGGCUGUACACCUCUCAUUGCAGCAUACAACCCCAUGUUUGAGUAUUUCUGCAAGAUUGGCAAGACAAGGAAGGCUGAGAAAGUGUUCAGGCAGCUAAUGCGAAGAGGUACUCAGGAUCCUUUUGCUUAUGAACUCCUGAUCAUGGGGCACUGUAGAGAAGGCACAUUUAAUGAUGCACAUGAACUCUUAGUUUUGAUGUUGAGGAGAGAUUAUAUACCUAAUAUUCUAAUUUAUGAGUCCCUAAUUGAAGGUUUGCUGCAAAAGAAUGACCCUAAAGUUGCUUACGAUACUUUAGAGAAGAUGUUGAAAAGCUCCCAUCUUCCGAGAUCUUCAACUUUCCAUCAAAUCCUAACAGAACUUAUCAAGAAGAAUUGUGCAAGUGAAUGUGCUUCCUUGGUGACACUAAUGUUAGAUAACAAAGUUAGACAAAACAUCAGUCUUUCAACUGAUACUGUGAGGAUACUCUUCCAAACAGGAUUAAGGGAGAGAGCUUUUGAGAUUGUUAGGUGCCUUUAUGAAAAUGCAUACAUGGUAGAUAUGGAAGGUUUGGUUGUUUUCCUUUGCCAGUGUAGAAAGUUAUUGGAGGCACGUAAAUUAUUGCUAUUUAGCUUAAGUAAGGGUCAUAUUAUGAAUGUAGAUAUAUGCAGCACUCUUUUAUCUGCUCUCUGCAAAGCACAUAGAGCUUCAGAAGCAUUUGAGAUUUACUAUGAGUUGCUCGAGAAAGGAGUCCAACAACCUUUAGAAUGCAUGGAAGAGUUAGAGCUUGUUCUUGAAACUGAAGGAAGAACCAAUGAAGCUGAAUUUGUUAAGAAGAGAAUCCUUGGCCAAUCGUAGUCUGAUAGAUUGGUUCAAACUUGUGCUCUGAAGGAGAUAUCUGUAGUUCAAACUUGGUUCAAACUUUGCUCCAGAUGUGGUUAAGAGUGCUAUCAGGUUCAUGAUUUCUGUUUCUCUUGACGAUGGAGAAGUCUGAUUUGGACAGACUUGAAAACAUUGAAGACCGGAAACUUAACAGUCCUUGAGGUCUCGGGUUCACCAUCUGGAGCAAAUUUGUUGCUUAAUAAUUUGGGCCUUCAGGCGUGGUUAUUCAAGAAAAUUUGGUGCAAGUGCAUGCGUAGGGGAUAGGUUCGUAUGCUUAAUUGCAACAGUGCUGGACAUCUUAAACAGCCAAAAACGCCAUAUUUCUCAGAUGAACAAUUUGACGACCUUAAUAAUGUUUUUUUCUCCAAUUUUAUGUCGUCACAGAGUCAUCUGAUCUUCUUCCUACAAGCAAUAUCAAUGAUAACAAUUUUUUAAAGCUUUUGAUA